CUUUGAAAUGGUAGUGUCCAAGGCUUGGAUCCCGGAAGCAAUUCCGGCUCUUUGGUGACGCUGCAUUAGACGACAAGAAAUGGCCCAACCUCGUUUGUUCAGCUUGGUCCUCCUCACCGUGGCUCUCGGAGCCCAGGCUCUGACCCCAUCCUAUCACCUUUCCCUGUCAGACGUUGCUAGACUUCAAGCUCUCCUGAGCCAACCCUUCACAGACCUGGCAUCAGCAUACUACUCGAUUGUUGGUCUAAGCAAGCUUGGAGCCUCAGUUGCUGAUGAAAAUGAUGCCUGUCAUUUCUUGAAGGCCCAACUGGACCCCAUGAGUGUCGACUCCCUCUUCUUUGCUGCUGAGGCCAGUCAGGCCAUCUCAGACUGUGAGAUCCCGGUGUCCAAUGAGACCCGUGACAUCCUUCUGGCAGCAGUCAGCGAGGACUCCACAGUCACGCAGAUCUUCAGAGCUGUUAGCGCCCUCAGUUCCCUAGGGCUUCCUCUGGCUUCACAGGAAGUUGUCGGUGCCCUGGUCGCCCGUAUUGCUAAAGAGGACAACGUCUUGGCGAUCACCACGGCACUCCAGACUGCCACCCGUCUCUCCCAGCAGGCUGACUUUGGAGGAAUCCUGGAGGAGAUUGAGGAUCUUGCAGCACGAUUGGAUGACUUGGGUGGAGUGUACCUCCAGUUCGAGGAGGGACUUGAGGCAACUGCCCUCUUUGUGACAGCAGCCUACACACUCUCAGACCAUGUGGACACAGAGCCUCCUCUGAAAGAGGACCAGGUGAUCCAGCUCGUGAACUCUGUGUUCAGUAAGAAGUCCUGGCAAUCCCUGUCUGAGGCAUUCAGUGUAGCCUGUGCUGCUGCCGCCCUCUCCAACAACCGCUUCCAGGUGCCAGUCAUCGUCAGCGCCCAGGGGCCUGCCACCGUCUCCCACAACCAGCCAAUCCUGCAGCUUCUGGUGACUGACGUCCUCUCCAAUCCUCUUGCCUCAGCCAGUGUGGUAGUGGAAUCUGCUCAAGCUGUGGUCUCUAAGAACGUCAUACUCACCCAGGCACCUUUCUCCCUCAGGGAUGGCAUUUUUGAACUGAACUUCAUGACUAGCCAGCCAGCCAGUGGAUAUUACCAGUUCACUGUGGCUAUCACCGGGGACACCCGAUUGGUUGCCAGUCAGGUUGAGCUAAAAGUGAAGGUGUCCACUGAGGUGGCCAUCACUAAUAUGGACCUGUCUGUAGUGGAUAAGGACCAAAGCAUCGGCACCAAGACAUCCAGGGUGGACUAUCCCUUCAAGGCCAAGGGCUCUUUUACUGCAGACAGCCACCAGAACUUUGCCAUGACUUUCCAGUUAGUGGAUGUCAACACUGGAGUAGAGCUCACGCCCCAUCAGACCUUUGUGAGGUUGCACAAUCAUAAAACUGGCCAGGAGGUUGUGUUUGUGGCCGAGCCUGACAGUAAGAACCUUUACAAGUUUGAGCUGGACACAGCAGAGAGGAAGUCUGAGUUUGACUCCAUGUCUGGAACAUAUGCCCUCCACCUCAUUGUGGGAGAUGCCACCUUGGAGAACCCCAUUCUGUGGAACGUGGCUGACGUUGUCUUGAAGUUCCUUGAUGAGGAGGCCCCAGCAGCCAUCCAAUCUAAGACCCUUUACAUGCCUAAGCCAGAUAUCCAGCACUUGUUCCGGGAGCCAGAGAAGAAGCCACCCACAGUGGUGUCCAACGCCUUCACAGCCCUCGUCCUCUCACCCUUCCUGCUGCUGCUUAUUCUGUGGUUCAAACUCGGGGCCAACAUCUCAAACUUCAGCUUCUCCCCCAGCGCUGUCCUCUUCCAUGUGGGCCACGCAUGCAUGCUGGGACUGAUGUACGUCUACUGGACUCACCUCAACAUGUUCCAGACCCUCAAGUACCUGGCCAUCAUCGGCAGUCUCACCUUCCUGGCUGGAAACCGCAUGUUGGCCCAGAAAGCAGUCAAGAGAAUUGCAAGUAAAUGAUGACCGAAGAUUGGAGACAUAAGAUGCUUAGUUCUUGGUUUUCAAGGAGUCAUUUAAGGGCACAUCAACCAUCAGACUGUCAUCAAAGGCAUGUUAUUCCAUGAAUCCAAUAGAAAAUUUGAAAUGCAGUUUGACUUCAUUUGAAAGUAAAUGUUAACUCUACCGAGCCCUUUGAUUUUAUCGGACAGAUGCUUACUGACACAGAUGCUCCUACUGAGGUCUGUAACACUAAUCAUCCUUGCACUUCAUUUUUGUUUGACUGUUUUGCAAAUGCCCUUUUUAAAAUAUUUGUUUUUAUAAUGGGCUUGGGGAUAUAAUUUUGUGGUUUCAUAAUGAAAUGUGGAUGGAUUUUUUUUUUCUUUUUUACAUUCAUGUUUCUCAGUGCCCAUCUUACCACUGCUUUGUAAAAAGUUGCAUCAAGAAGGUAGCCAUCAAUUUUACAAGGCCUUUUGAUAGAAGUUGAUUGAGGUGGCUUCACUGACAUGUUCAUCGUAAGUCUGUAAUUAUUUGCUUGUCUCCUCACUGAAUUACAUGUGGAGGGUGUGAGCUAUUCACUCAUUACAAUAAAGACCCCCCCCCCCCCCCCCCCCCCACA